GGAUCGUCAUCGGAGCUAGAGAGCAUGAGGCUCAAGCGACGCGGUAUCCAGUGGCAUGGCCGCACGGGCGUGGAGAAAGCCACGACUUGCCAGAGCAGCAUCAGCAUCAGCAUCACAGCAGCAGGAACAGUCCGCUGAAGGGUAGAUGGAGUGUCGACUGGUGCAAUGCCUCAUUCCAAGCCCGGAGAUGGCGCCAACGCAGCACGAGCACCGUCCAGGGCAACAAUAGCAACGCCUGACGAAGCCACCCUCGCCGUCGCAUCGGCAAUCAACUCGACAUCGUCUCUGCCUCCGUCUCAACUGCCUCGGGACCUCUCUACACAUGCUGCGCACUCCACGCGGCCAGCCGUGAACCUGCCACCCUCGGGGCCGACGUCAUCGCCCCGGGGGUCAAGAAUGAAGCGUCCAGAGGAUAAUGAAGCUCCCACCGCGACGACUCCUGACGUGUCCCGAAUGACAUUUCCCUCCAUCACCACCCCGACUGCCUCUGAUCGCCCGCAUCCUCAUAGCGACGGACCCACAGACGCAAAGAAGCGCCAUCACCCCGAAGCAUUCCACCAUUUCCGUCCUCCACCCCCUCCGCUGCGCCCACCCACCUCGACCCCGUCUGCCCAUCUCAACUCGACUCCUCCGUCGCUCACCGAACGCUCCUCCGUAUUAUUACCGCCGCCUCGCCCACCUGUCUUCCAAUCUGUAUCAAGCGACGCUAUCGACGCGCCUCCGGUGCGCAAGAAGCCACGACUGCUCCCACGUCAAGAGCGCUUCACCUUCAGCGGCCCUUCGAUCAAUCAGUUACAGCCUCCGUCGCCCCUGUUUUUCUCAAACUCACCACGCCCGCGCCCGAAUCUGCCUGCGCGCUUUACUUCGUUCGAAGCAGGAGCCACGAUGCUGACCAAGGCCAACAGCGAGGACACCCACGUCAAGACUGUAACUCUGGCACGUGGUACCAUCUCUACCUCCUCACGUCGCUCUAAUGAUGGCUCAAGCACCGCUCGUAGUUCUUCUCCAGACCUGCGUAAUGAUUUCUCGCUGAGCUCGAUUGGUAUCCUUGAGCUGCUCGAUCACGACGCUCGUCCUACCAUGAUCAUAGACCUGGCAGAUGCUGCAAACAAUGCAGACGUCCAAUUACGACCUGUCUUUACAAACGCCUCCUUGCGAUCGUGUCCGGAUCUGCUUACCGCCCUGACGGGCAGUGCCAAGGAUCAGGAUGAAUCCGCCUUUGCUCAAUUCAAGGCGUGGAUACUGGGCUGUCCCCUCAAGGACGAACCACUUACCGUCCCGCUGCCGACUCAACUCUAUGCUGGUACCAGCUGGUCAUGUUCGACCUUGCGGAAGAGGUUACGUAUCGUGAGUGGUGCGUCGAUCCUCAUGACUUCGACACGACCUUCGGCAUCGUCUAUAAGCCGACCUUCUUCCAGCUCGACCUCAACAUCUGCCAUGUCUAUUUCGCAGCCGUCAGCAUCUCUGCCCGGAUCUGGAUCGGCCUUGCCAAUGACGUUAGAAGAGCCUGAUGAUUAUUUUGGCAGCGUAGCACCUGCUCCAACCUCAGCCCCUGGUCCUGCAGAGGUGUCUCCCUCUAUAAUCCCUUCGACCGAAUCUGUCGACGACAAAGCUCAACAAGCUUCGCCUCACUCCUCCUUGCCCGGUUUUGACAACAUUUCACCACUUGGCAUCCGCGAUAUUGCCUUGCCGGACAUACAAUCAUCUUUGGUUCAUGAGCAAGUGUCACGCGCUCAAACUGCGAGCAAUGUUGACUGGCUCGAAAGUCCGUCUACUGGUCUCUAUCAGGAAGGCCAUUCUUUUGACUGGACACGUUUACCUGUGACCGACUCAAUGCCCUCUCAUAUUAGGUUUGCUCGUAGUAUCGAUUGGGAAAAGACUCCUUUAGGCUCUAUCGAAGGCUGGUCCUCAGAUCUGCGCCAGAUGUGUAAUCUAAUCAUGGCCAGUCCCCACCCGGCUGCCAUGUACUGGGGCCAAGAGUUGGUCGCAAUCUACAACGAAGCCUAUGUCAUGUUGGCCGGUCAGAAGCAUCCGGCUCUGAUGGGCCAACGGUAUUCGGAUGCUUGGUCCGAGAUAUGGCCCAAUGUCAAGGAUGUUUUUGCCAAUGCGCUCCACACUGGUGAAGCGACUAUGAAAGACGAUGAUCGUCUUUUCAUUAUGCGCAACGACUACCUUGAGGAGACCUAUUUUUCUUGGUCCAUAAUUCCCAUAGUCGGUGGGGAUGGCAGUGUCAUGGGUCUGUAUAACCCCGCUUUCGAAAAGACAAGGCGGAAACUUGCCGAGAGACGCAUGAUAACGCUUCGUGAGAUUGGUGAGCGGACUGCCGCUGCAAGGGAUGUUAAGGGGUUCUGGGAUCAAGUUCUCACUGCCUUGGAUUUGAACGAACAAGAUACCCCCUUUGUCAUGCUAUACUCUGUCCAAGAUGAGACUGACAGCGAUGCGUCUUCGAUCAAUUCCAGCAGUGCCUUGGCUAACAGGCAAUGUGUUCUUGAAGGAACUCUUGGUGUACCGGAAGACCACCCUGCGGCUGUUUCAUGUUUCGACCUCAAAACUGGUGUGGAUGGACUUGGUCCGGUCUUCCGUGAGGUAAUGAAGACAGACAAACCAGUUCUUCUUGAGGUAGGCUCUAAAGAUCUUUCCGUAGAUCUUCUAAAGGGACUCGGUGGCAGAGGUUUCGAUGAUGCGUGUCGCAACGUCGUGAUAUGCCCUGUACAUCCAACCACCGGAGAAGCCGUUCUUGGGUUCCUUGUCGUGGGGGUCAAUCCGAGAAGACCGUAUGACGAGGAUUACGGUCUGUUCAUUCAAUUGCUCAGCAGACAGCUUGCGACUUCCUUGGCCUCUGUGGUUCUCUUCGAAGAAGAGAUCAGGCGUGGCCAAAGGGCUGCAAAGCUCGCAGCUAUUGACAGGAUGGAACUCUCUGAGCAACUAGCAGCUCGCACCAAAGAAGCCAUCGAGAGUGAGACGAAGUUUACUCGAAUGGCUGAAUUCGCACCAGUUGGUAUGUUCAUAGCUGAUCCAGAAGGUACCAUCACAUAUUGCAACAAUACGUGGUUCGAGAUCUCCCGGGUGUCACGAGACGAGAAUACUCCGGAUCAUCACUGGAUGGACGCUGUGAACGACGAAGAUCGCGGGCUGAUCAACAAACUAUGGCACGAUCUUAUUGUCCACAAGAAACCACAAACUGGUACAUUCCGAUUCAAGUCCCGAUGGCACGAUACCGAAGGCAUGGAAGGCGAUCGAUGGGUGCUCUUCUCCGCCUUUCCUGAGAAGUACGAGAACGGCAAUCUCAAGAGCGUUUUUGGCAGUCUCACAGAUAUCAGCAAGCAGAAGUGGGCCGAAGGCUUCCAGAAGCGCAAGAUGGAGGAGGCUGUCGAACUCAAGCAACAGCACGAGCGCUAUCUCGACAUGACGUCCCACGAGAUCAGAAACCCUCUCUCAGCCAUACUGCAAUGCGCAGAGGAGAUAGUCUCGACCUUGAGCUGUUUGAGAGAACGAUCUGUCGAUAGAGCUGUAUUGGUGGCACCUCUUCAAGACAACCCUGCCGUCGGAGGAACUCUUGACAGCGUUCUCUUAAGUACAGUAGACUCUGCUCAGACAAUUGCUCUUUGUGCACAGCAUCAACGCCGUAUUAUCGACGACGUGUUGUCUUUGAGCAAGCUAGACGCACAAUUGCUGCUGGUUACACCGGUCGAUGGACAACCUCUUGCAAUCGCACAACGAGCGAUGAAGAUGCAUGAAGGACAGCUCCAAGCUGCUGAUAUACAGUUACAAUUCGUUAUUGAGGACUCGUACAAAGAUCUUGGCAUUGACUGGGUCAAGUUCGAUCCCUCACGUGUAUUGCAAGUGCUGAUUAACCUCACUACUAAUGCGAUCAAAUUCACGACAACCGAGAAGAAACGCACAAUCACAGUUGUCUUAGCAGCCUCGACUAAGCGCUUCUCUGAACUGACUGAUAGCGUGGUCAACUACAUCCCUACGCGCAACAAACGUCCAGAUAUUACUAGAGAGAAGGACUGGGGCGACGGUGAGGAGGUCUACAUUCACUUUGCCGUUCAGGAUACGGGUCGUGGCCUCAACGAAGAAGAAAAAACCAUGCUCUUCCUGCGCUUCUCGCAAGCUUCACCUCGGACGCAUGUACAAUACGGCGGCUCGGGGCUGGGAUUGUUCAUCAGCAGGGAACUCACCGAGUUGCAAGGCGGCGAGAUUGGGGUGGCCUCCGAGGCAGGUGUGGGUAGUACAUUUGCUUUCUAUGUCAAGGCUAAGCGAAGCGUUGCACCACCCGAAGCUGAGGGAUCGACACGCUCCAAUCUGCGUGCUGCAAGAGACACCACAGGAAAGGGGGAAUCUGCGACAGUCAAUACGAAGGCCAGCAGAGUGUCAAGGCCGAUUAAAGUCCUCGUAAGUCACGCGCCUUACUCUCUGAGCAGUUUCUGUCCUUUCGGACAUUGCACUCCGUCACAUUUUCCUGGUGCUUUGUCUAACAAUUCAUAGCUCGUUGAGGACAACGUUGUCAAUGCACGUGUGCUCUCUAAGCAACUAAAAAAUCUGGGUUGCGUGGUCCAUGUCGCUAACCAUGGUGGUGAGGCU